UCUUAGAAGUGAAAACAACACAUUUUCAACAUGAAAAAACUUCAAUCGACGACAACGGCACGGCAUCGAUCCUUACCGGCCGCACGCCACAGCAACAAUUAUUACAUCACGAAAACUACCUCGGGCUGGAUGAUCAUCUUGGCCAUCUGUUGUUCAACAUUAGUGUGGCCUCUGGCCACAGCCUACAACGUUGAUAUACCCACAUAUGUAAUACACCAGCGGCCAGAACAUGAUUCCAUGUUUGGUUUCAGCAUUGCCCUGCACAAGGGGCAAUACACAAAUUCGCUGGUGGUCGGUGCACCCAAAUUUGAUACCUCAUCUUAUCAGGAAGGCGUGGUGGAAGCAGGUGCGGUAUUCAAUUGCGGUAUGGAGGAUGAUCAGUGCUCAUUGGUGAGAUUUGAUUCUUCAAGCAAUAAUCGGAAUACACAAGGCGAUGUUAUUGAUCGCAAAUCGAAUCAAUGGCUGGGUGCAACAGUAGCGACAAGUCGUGACAGUGAUUUAGUUGUGGCCUGUGCUCCACGAUAUGUUUUCCAUACAAUAUCACCCAGGAAGAACUUACGCUGGGAUCCCAUUGGUACAUGCUUCACAACCAGGAACUUUACCUAUUUCAAUGAAGUCUCACCCUGCCGUACAAAUAACUGGGGUUAUCACCGCCAAGGCUAUUGUCAAGCUGGUUUUAGUGCUGCAGCCACAGCCAACGGCGAUCGUUUGUACAUUGGAGCUCCAGGCAGUUGGUAUUGGCAAGGACAAACAUAUUCCGUGUCACCAAAUGCCACCUUCCCAUAUAAGCCGCCUUUUUAUCAGCCUUUUGGCACUGGAGGUCAAACCUAUUCAAAUGAUGUUACGCGUCCCGAAAAUCAAGUUUACUCCACUGCUGAAAGUAGUUCCACCGAUGACGACUCCUAUUUGGGCUAUUCCAUGGUAUCGGGUCACUUCAACGGCGAUGGCAUUGAGGAUGUGGCCAUUGGCAUGCCUCGUGGUGCUGGUCUAUUGGGUAAAAUUGUUGUUAACCAAUGGAACAUGGUGAAUAUUUUCAAUAUUACCGGUCGUCAAAUUGGCGAAUACUUUGGCUAUGCCUUGGCCACCUCCGAUGUCGAUGGUGAUGGUUUGGAUGACUUGAUCAUUGGUGCCCCCAUGUACAGUGAACAGGGCAAUACUGAGGGAAAAUACGAUGUCGGUCGUGUCUAUGUACUGCUGCAGAAACGUGGUGUUGAUCGUUGGUCCGUGGAGCACAUCCGUGAUGGCUACAACAGCAAGGGCCGUUUCGGCUUGGCUCUCACCACUUUGGGUGACAUCAAUCGUGAUGGCUAUGGUGAUUUUGCUGUGGGUGCUCCUUAUGAUGGUCCCUUUGGACGUGGCGCCAUCUACAUUUUCCAUGGCUCGGCCAAUGGACCCCUGCAGAAACCUUCUCAAGUGAUCAGAGCCGAAGACAUUGUUGGCGUUCAGCCCCCUACCACAUUUGGUUUCUCCCUGUCCGGUGGCCUCGACAUGGAUGACAAUACCUAUCCCGAUUUGGCUGUCGGUGCUUAUAACAGUGCCCAAGUGUUCAUUUUCAAAUCUCGACCUGUAGCAGCUGUAGAAUCCACCACAUAUUUCUCCAGUCCUUCCAAACUGAUUAACCUGGAAGAGAAGAACUGUGUAUCGAAACGUGAUGGUCGGCAAGUACCUUGCACCAGUCUCACCACGUGUUGGAGUUACACUGGGGACUAUUUGCCUCCCAGACUGAACUUUACAGUGUCCUGGCUUUUGGAUGCCAAGAAACCAAAGAAUCCUCGUAUGUUCUUCAUGUCCAAUUUGAACAAUAUGCGUUCGAGGCUCAUCACAUUGGAAUUUGGCAAGCAAUUCUGUCACACCGAAGAGGUGUUCAUUGACAAUGUCCAGGACAAAUUGACACCAUUGGAGGUAGAAUCGCGUUACAAUUUGACGAGUAAUAUGGCGCCAGCAUCAUUGGUGAGACGUCGCCGUCAAGCCCUAGAACCAGUCAUUGAUCAAAAUCGUGAAAUUGUACAACGAGAUGCCGUCCACAUUCAGAAGAAUUGUGGUCCAGAUAAUAUUUGUGUACCGGAUCUUAAAUUGGAAAUUAAGACCGUCGAUAAAUAUUUGUCCGGCUCUCCUGAUCCACUGACCAUUGAUGUCUUCAUAUCCAACAACAACGAAGACGCAUUCGAGGCUGCUUUCUACCUGGUCAUGCCCAAGGAAUUGGAUUACAUGAAAUUGGAAAAGAUUGCCGAUACCAAUGAUGCUACCAUCACCUGCACCGCACCUUCCGAUGAUAACAACUACACCUUGAAAUGUGACAUAGGCAACCCCCUGCCCGCCCAAAAGGUGGCCAACUUCAGGGUUUACAUGAUGCCCUCGAUGAAGAGAGGUAUGUCCCCCAGCUAUGAAUUCUACAUGGAAGCCAAUUCGACAAAUCCUGAAAAUGACGGUUCGACAUUGGACAACAUUAUUUCCAAGAAUAUCAGUAUCUGGGUUGAAACUGAUUUGGCCAUUGAUGGUACAUCGGUGCCCGACUUUGAACUGUACAAAGCCUCCGAUUAUCAAUCUGUUGAAAAUGCAACCAAAGAAGAAGAUUUGGGUCCACAAGUUGUACACUUGUACAAUAUUUUCAAUAAUGGCCCCUCCGAUAUUGUCGAAGCGGUUGUUCUCAUACACUACCCCUACCAGACCCUCUCCGGUGAUAUGCUCAUGUACAUGACAAAUCAGCCCGAAACCUCUGGAAGUAUUCUAUGUGAUCCCCAUGUGGCCGUGAAUCCCUUGAAUCUGCAAUUGGACCAAAACUUGGUGCGUAAAUCCUACUUGACUGAACGUGGUGCUGUGGUGAAAUCGUCAUGGACCCAUAUUGAGAAAUCGUACGGAAAUACUGGAGGUGCCAACGCUGUCACCAUUGGUCAGGGUAAACAAUUGAGUGCUGAAGAAACUAAACGUUUGGAGACGGAGGAUGCCCAAGCUGAGUUGGGUGAUGGCUCCCGAAUCCAUGUUCAACGUGCUAACGAAGCAGCUAACGCCAAUGUUGGAGCAUCUGUACCGGGUGGAAGAUGGAAUUGGGACUGGAAUACGACCACUACAACGAGUGGUGAUGGUCGUACAGUUACGGUGACAACAAGGAAUGGAACAAUGACAAACUAUGAUGGCCACAGACAGCCCUAUGUUGCGGGUGUUGGCAUGCAGCAACACUCUGCUAAUUAUCAACAACAACGAGGCGGAGCUGGCGAUGCCAAGGUGAAUGUCAAUCAUCAAAGUCAGGAUUCAGGACCACACAAUGUUCGCCAAUAUGUUCAAAUGGCCAGCCCUGCCCAAAGCGAAACCCGCUACCAACAAAGUUCCCAACAAACAUCGGGCCAACCGCAAAGAACUUCCUACACAUACUCGUCCAGUGGUUCUUAUCCUGGACAACAGCAACAACAAAGACAUCACCAGCAGCAGCAUCAGUACGGCGUAGGCAGUGGUGCUGCCUACAAUGAAUUCGGCAAUAAUGCUGCUGGAGAUUUUGGUAAGGUGGCAGCAGGUGGCCAUGGUUUCCGUACCAACACAAUGGACCUUGGUGCUUUAGGCCGCAGUAAUGUCGAUGAAGAAAUUCGCAGCCACGGCGGUCCCGGCCAGUCUAACAGUUAUUCGUAUCACUAUUCCUCCGGAACACCACAACAGACCCAUGCCAGCUAUCAGCAAUCGCCACACUAUUCUUCGAGUAAUAUAAACUACGACAGCAAACCAUAUUAUGGCACCGAUUACUACGAAGACAUCAGCGAUUCCGACAUGCCAAUGGCGCACAACCCCUCAGCUGUACACAGUAGAACACGCCGUGAAGAGCCCCAAGAAAUCGGCAUCAAUUCGCCGUGCAAAGCAACAAAAUGUGAGACACUGCGCUGUGUGGCCCGCAAUCUGCGCAAAGAUGAGGGUGUUUGGGUGGCUAUACGUACGCGCAUGGUGGCCAAGACCAUGGAGAAAAUAGCCGGCAGUGUGCCAUUGAAUAUAUCGACAAUGGCGGUGUCACAUGUUACCAAAUUGCCCAACAUUGGAACACCCACCGAUGACAUUAUUAGGACGCAUGAGAUCUUUUACAAAGCCAUACCAGAACCCACACCCGUACCCGAUGUGGUACCACUGUGGGUUGUUGUUUUGGCCGCCUGUGCUGGUGCUCUAAUUCUUUUGUUGCUCAUAUAUCUGCUGUACAAGGUCGGUUUCUUCAAACGCAAUCGUCCCGCUGAUCACACAAUGGAGCGACAGCCUCUUAGAAAUGGUUACCACGGCGAUGAGCAUCUGUAA